CGGAGGGGCGGAGUCACCACACAGAGACGAGCAACUCAGAGAGACAAACCCGCUCUGGAGCAGGGUAGGGUAAAAAUAAAAACAGUGAAAACCACCGUCCACGUUUCAUCGAGCACUGUUUAUAUUCUACCGCAUCUACACAGAGAGGGAGUCCAUCCAGGAUGAACGGCGAUUCAGGAGCCGGAGUUGUGACGGUCCCCCCUCCCACCACAGCCCCCCACAAGGAGCGGUACUUCGACCGAGUGGAUGAAAGCAGUCCGGAGUAUCAGAGGGAGAGGAACAUGGCGCCUGACCUGAGGCAGGACUUUAACAUGAUGGAGCAGAGAAAGAGGGUCUCAAUGAUUCUACAAAGCCCGGCGUUCUGCGAGGAGCUGGAGACAAUGAUCCAGGAUCAGCUGAAGAAGGGGAAGACACCCACAAGCCUGUUGGCCCUGCAGCAGAUCGCAGACUUCAUGACCACCAGCAUGCCUUCCAUGUAUCCCGCUGCACCACAAGGAGGCAUGGCAGCACUCAACAUGAGCUUGGGCAUGGUGACUCCCGUGAAUGAUCUGCGGGGCUCCGACUCGAUCUCCUAUGACAAAGGAGAGAAGCUACUUCGCUGCAAGCUGGCUGCGUUUUAUCGGCUUGCUGACUUGUUUGGCUGGUCCGAGCUCAUCUACAACCACCUCACUGUGAGGCUGAAUUCAGACAAAGAUCAUUUCCUUCUUGUCCCUUUUGGUCUCCUCUUCAGUGAAGUCACUGCCUCCAGUCUGGUGAAGGUAAACCUUGAAGGUGAGAUCGUUGACCGGGGCAGCACCAACCUCGGGGUCAACCAGGCCGGCUUCGUCCUCCACUCUGCCAUCUUUGCUUCGCGGCCCGAUGUCAAGUGUAUAGUACAUGUACACACAUCUGCAGGUGCUGCGGUGUCUGCCAUGAAAUGCGGUCUGUUGCCCAUUUCACCUGAGGCACUGUCUUUGGGUGAGGUGGCCUACCAUGACUAUCAGGGCAUCGUGGUGGAUAAUGACGAACAGUUAAUUAUACAGAAAAACCUUGGGCCAAAAAGCAAGGUGCUCAUCCUGAGGAACCAUGGGCUGGUUUCCGUUGGUGAAACGGUGGAGGAAGCUUUCUUUUACAUCCACAACUUGGUCACUGCCUGUGAGAUCCAGGUGCGAACACUGGCCAGCGCUGGAGGUCCUGAUAAUUUGGUGUUGCUGGACCCAGAGAAAUACAAGUCGCGUCCAAAGGUCCCUGAACCAGUCGGUGACGGGUCCUCUACACACCCCAAGUGGCAAAUCGGGGAGCAGGAGUUUGAAGCUCUCAUGAGAAUGCUCGAUAACCUGGGCUAUAGGACGGGCUAUCCUUACCGCUGCCCAUCCUUGCGAGACAAAGGUAAAAAGUACAGUGAUGCGGAGAAUGCUCCCUCUGCCUACGGUGGUUACUCAUAUGGGGAGGACAGCGACUCAGGUGCUCGCUCCCCGCUGAAACACAGCUUCCAGCGCGGCCAGCGUGACAAGACCCGCUGGCUCAAUGCCGGCAGCCGGUCUGAUGAGCCCUGCGAGGAUGGGCCCGAGGGCGGCAGCCCCAAGUCGAAGCCUAAGGUGUGGACGAACAUAACACACGAUCACGUCAAACCCUUGCUGCAGUCUCUCUCGUCCGGUGUCUGCGUGCCAAGCUGUAUAACCAACUGCUUGUGGACAAAGGAAGAUGGCCUCCGUCAGGCUGCCGUAGCCAAUCAGUUCAUCCCAUUGAACACCAACCCAAAGGAAGUCCUGGAAAUGCGGAAUAAGAUUCGGGAGCAGAACCUACAGGACAUAAAGACAGCAGGGCCCCAGUCUCAGGUUCUGUGUGCUGGCACUGUUGUGGAACGCAGCUUUGUUCAGGGGGAGCUUGUGACUGCGUCCAAGGCCAUAAUUGAGAAGGAGUACCAGCCCAAGGUUAUUGUCAGCAAGCAGGGUCCCAACCCUUUCACCAAACUCACCGACCGGGAGCUGGAGGAAUACCGCCGGGAAGUGGAGCAGAAACAGAAAGGGCCUGAAGUGCAGGGACAAGAUGCUAGUAGGGAGGGAUCCACCUCCAGCGUGACCUGUCCUGAAGCGGUUACACUGCAGAGAGGUCAGUCCUCGGGCUCCACACCUCUGCGGUCUGCAGCCGACUCGCCCAGCUCACAGAAACUCCUGCCGACGCCGGCCUCUGAGCAGAGUUCUUUGUCAACGGGCGUCUCCAGCAGGACAGAGCUGGCUCAGGAUGUCGCCGGCUCUGCAGGGACACUAGCUGAUGACGUUUUUUCCACCACAGAUGAAGUUUUUUUGGCUCCAGAUUCUCCGCAUAAGGAGUUCCACUGUGCCGUGCUGCGAGCCCUCAGCAAGGACACGUCAGUGGUAGAGGCAGCCAAAGACCCAGAUCAACUAGUAGAACCUGAGGAGGAGCCAAAAGGCCAGAAAGUCACCUCUACACCACCCAGCACCCCAGUCAGAGCAGAGGAAGAAGAGUCCUUCCCUGAACAGAGCUAUAAGGAUGAGAGCGAUGCUGCCACCCUGAGACAGACCCUUCCAGAUUUAACACCCGACGACCCCUUCGAAGCCCCAGCACUUCCUGUCGAAGACUCCACCUCUGCCCCUGCCACCGCAGAUGUAGUCGAGGGGGAGGAAGCGGCCGACGCUGGUGACCAGGACGGUGACGAGUCCCCGGGCAAAUCGCCCUCCAAGAAGAAAAAGAAGUUCCGCACCCCUUCCUUCCUAAAGAAAAACAAAAAAAAGACAGAGUCCUAGGUUGGAGAAUUUUGGAUUGGUCCUCAAGGCUGGCGUCCGCCUCGUUUCAUUUUGCUUCUUGUCUGCUAUCAUUGCACCCUUCGAGCAAGCCACAGUCACACAGUUGCGCUUUUUUCUCUUUUUGAUAUCAUUUGUCGUUGGCUUAUUAACCUAUUUUUCCUCCUUAGUGUGUGCCAAUUGUGUAUACAGUGCAACAAUUAUUGCAUAAAAGGUUUUUUUUUAUUAGUAGAGGCUUUUAGUUGUGAGUGAGUGAUGCAGUCUGUCUUCUGCCUGGCCUUUCAUGCAUGUCUAUUACCACAGGCCCACUGGCUUAAUGUGAGGAUUAAGGACUUAAUCACCCUCUUUUUUUUUUUUUUAACAGAGUAUUACUAAACUGAUGUAACCACUAGAAUGUAUUGGAAUUGUAUGAAAAUGUCAAAGUGUCUUUUAAAAACCAUGAACUCUGACAGAUAAGCUUUUGUCAAUUCUGACAGGACUACCAAUUCCAUUGUGUUUACUUUUACCUGUGAAGCAGAGCAAACCACACCAUGUCACAUUAGCAGGCCAAUGAGCAAUACAGUACAGAUACUCGCCGUAGAUUUUUGUACUUGUGGAGUCGCACAGAGUCCAUAUUAUCCUGUCUCUAAUCCAGUCUUUUGACCAGAUCAUCUGUAUUCAAACUUAAUCUCAUCCGCAGUUUGUUUACAUUUUAAAAACUCUAAAAAAGUCUUUCACCUUUAAUCAGUUGGCACACCCUUAACUUAACAGGCGUGCUGUUAAGUGCUUCAGGUUUUUAAUGUAAAAAAACAAAUCAGAUUCAUUUAAAUCACACUUGCUGUACAUUUUUACGAAACAUGGGGAUACUGGGCAUGACUCAGCAAAAUGGGAGUACAGGUGUAAAGCACAGUACUCGCUGAGGUAGAUAAUGUAAUUGCUAUGAAGGAAUGUAUAAAAAAAACAACCUGAUUUUCAUCUUAUCUUUUCAUUUAUUGUAAUUAUUAGUUUUGACUUUGUUUUGAAUGUACCCUUUGAUUUCUCCCGUGUCUCUGUGAAAGUCCUAAAAAGGCAAAUAUGCUGUGUAUUGUGUGAGAAUACAUUUGUCAUUUUGUUGAUUUUAUUUUUUAAGUCUCUCACUCUUCCUCCCCCUCACAAAGUAGAUGGAGCAUAACGUCUUGCUGUGAGAGAGCACUGUGAACCUUCCCGUUCGUUAACCACUGUUGUUUAGAUCGUCAUAGUGCAAGUAGAUACAGACGAGGACUUAACAACAACAACAACAACGUCACUGUUGCAAAGCUGCAUGAUUAAUCAUCUUUCAGAACUGAACUUUUCUGUGUCGCGCUGAGUGCACAGACUUGUGUCGCUGAACACCUGUGUGUUUCCAGUUCCAGUAAAGACACGUUGUACACUGGAGAAGACAUUACAUGUUUAUUUUCCUUGUGUGUAAUCAAUUGUUGGUGUUGCAGCGCUUGAUGUUAAAGGGCAUUAAUACCAAGGCCACCCACCCGUGCAUUGCUUCCUAACUUUUCUCCAUGCUGUUGUUGUGAAUGGUUUUGUCUAAUUCACGAUGAACAAAAAGGCAAAAUUGACAGGAAGCGUCACCUUGUGUGAGACGUUCAAUAAAGUCGGCCUUUGUUCGCUGCAGGUGUUUUUUUUACCUACAGUGCUACAUGCAAGCUGAUUAUCUAACUCCUUAAGGACUGCAUGUAUAGAGUGUAUACUGUCCUUUACAUGGCUAACUAUCCUUUUAAUUUACAUUUGUAUUUUAGCUUUUGGUGAUCUGUUUUUUUUUUUAUUUGAGUCAACCAUACAUUAUUUUUCUUUUCGAUAUUCUGAUUUGUUUUCUCUGUCUCGGCUGCAUCCACUUAAAAUCACGGCAUUAUUCUGUUUACAUACCUAAAACUUCCACCUCUCUUUUCUCAUGGUUCUGCCUCUUUUAUAACCAUGAAUAAAAACACUAUCUUUAAAGUCA